CUUACCUAAAAACAGGAAGCAGCGAGGCAUGCUCACUCACUCAAACCAGAAACAGUGAAAAAUACGAAAAAGGGAUAAAACUACCGUAGAAAGCUAUUUCCGCGCUUUAGUUGUUUUACCGAAGAUUCUUUAAAAGGAAGGAGACGUUGGUGCGCCGCUUUUAUUUAAUUGUGGUGGAUGCAGUUGAUUGAAUCCAAAAGAAGAGGUCUCAGUUGACGACAUGGGACAGCACCUGGUGAAACGUGAGGCACAAGAAGAGGUGCCACCAUCAGAACCUGAAGAAGCCCUGGUCACCACUGAUCCAGAUGACAACGAGGUUUUCGGCCAGGGUGAGGCAGAUGUAAACCAGAACAAUGGGAGCCCCUCGGAGAAGACAGCGGCGACUGACUCCACGGGAGCAGGGGGCCCGAAGAAUGCCUGGAGCGACGCCAACGCAGCUGACCCCAACGCCGCCCGCCCCCACUUGGUCCGCCUCUUCUCCCGAGAUGCCCCGGGGCGGCAAGACAACACCUUCAAAGACCGCCCCUCUGAGUCAGACGAGCUGCAUACCAUCCAGGAGCACUGCGGAACAGGCGGCGAGUCGGGUUCGGAUUGCGGAGAGCAAGACGCAGACUAG